AUGGCUGAAAAGAGGGUUUGGCAUUACAGCGCUAGAAGACCUAUUAUGGAAGGUGCUAGAGAUGCAAUUCCAAGAACCAUAAGAGCUUGCACGAAUAGGCCAAAGGACAGAGCUGAGGCUGCCACACUUGAUCGAGCAAGAAGAAGCAACAACAAUGGUGCUAGUAAG